CCACCCUGAAGCUCGUGAUUGGCCACCCAAAAAUGCGGCUGACGGCUGACGGGCCGUGUGAUCGGACGAUUUCGCUGAAGUUUUAUUUCAUAAAAAUGAUCAAAUAAAAUAAAGUAGCUGACCGAAAACGUCUUAUUUACGUGAGCCGCUUGAACAUGUUGUCACGCUUGCUGCGUCAAGUUUUGUUUACUCUGGUGCAUUUAGCAGCCAGUUUACUUGUUGCUGCCCAAAAUGUUUAUCGCCGCUUUUGGGUUAAAAAGUACGAUUUAUCAACUGACUCGGUGACGAAAUAUGAUAUCCAGAUGAUACUGGAGCAUGUGCCGAAGAUGACCAAGAGGCUGAAGCAUCUUGUGCUGCUGGCUGACACGGAUCAGCACACCCUAAGUGAUCUGGCGCGCUUGGUUAUCUGGAGCCUAGUUUCCGGAAUACCAUAUAUCAGCUUUCACGAUAUUACCGGAGAUUUGAAAAAGAAUGAAGAGAAGUUCUUUUAUGAAGUGGAACGUAACAAGAAAGGCAUUCCAGGCUGUAUAAAAUGGUCUAAUAAACCAGAUCUAAAUGGUUAUACCAAUGGGAUCCAAGCACAUACGGUAGUUAUUAAUAUUUUUACCUCUGAUGAUGGGAGACCUAAAAUUGCACAAGGUAUUCGAGAUAUAGCCAAGGGAAUCAUUCCAUGUAGUAGAAAUUUUGAGGAAUAUACAGCACAAGAAUUAGAUGAGGUUCUUAGUACAGUAUACCCUUCCAUUCCAAAUCCUGAGUUAGCUUUAUAUACUGGUACUUUAUGCUGCACUCAUGGUCUUAUGCCUUGGCAGAUAAGACUAACAGAGUUUGUACAACUUUCCUUAGACAACAGUGUAAAUAUAAAAGGAUUUUUAGGUGCUCUAUACAAGUAUAACAAAUGUGAUCAAAGAUUUGGUAAAUGAAUAGUCACCUUCAAACUUGUACCAUUUGGUAGGCCUAAGUAUAAUUUAGUUGAUCCUAUUUAUUUAUGCAAUAAAUGUAAUGUAGUGUGGAUAAUUGGGAAAUUGUGUAAUUCUUUAAUUUACUACUAACUUCUAAGUUUUGAAUACAAGUAAAUUAUUUUAAUUUAUUUCAAUUAAAUUUUGGGUCAAAUUCAAAUAACAUUUUCCUCAAGAGCAGUCUACAUAGUAGGCAAUAUCUUGGCUAACUUUGCUGGUAAGAGCAGUUAAUACUAAGUACCAAC